CCGCGGAUCCGGCGUUGGCCGCGGGGGCUGCCCCGGGAGCCGAGUGCCCGCCGCCGCGCCAGCCUCAGCCCCCGCAGAAUGUGCUCGCUGCCCCGCGGCUUCGAGCCCCAAGCUCCCGAGGACUUGGGGCAGCGGAGUUUGGCGGAGCUGCGGGAGAUGUUGAAGCGCCAGGAGAGACUUUUGCGCAACGAAAAAUUCAUUUGCAGAUUGCCCGACAACGGUAAAAAGAUCUUAGACUCUGUUGCCAAACUGAAAGCUGCCAUUGCAGAACGUGAAGAAGUUAGAGGAAAAAGUGAACUGUUUCAUCCUGUUAGUAUAGACUGGAAGCUAAGGCAAAACGCAGUUGCAGUUGACGUGAACACAGAUAAGGCCCAGAAUUCUGACCAGAUACUUGAUACUUCAUCACUAGUUCCUGGCUGUUCUUCUGUAGACAACAUCACAUCAUCUAAAACAACCUCACAACAGGGACUUGUACAUUCUAGUCACAUAGGUGAUGAAGAGGCUCCCCAAGUUGGGUACACAGUGAACAGGUGCCCAGCUUCCAGCAGCAGAGCCAGUACGCCUUCCUCCCCCAAAGCUAGUGAGUGUCUCCCUCAGCAUCGUGUGUCAGAUCAAGCAGAAGAUAAUUGUAGCACCUCCGACAACCUGUUUAUUGAUAGGUUACAAAGGAUCACAAUUGCAGACCCAGAUGAACCCUGUUCAGAAGAAAACACGAGGACUGAGAAGUUGAAAGGCCUUCGUAGUGGGACACAGAAGAAACCUCAUUACAUGGACGUGCUAGACAUGCGAGCUAAAAACCCACUGCCCCCAUCACGUAGAUUUAAAACCAAUGUGUUACCUGCGCAGCAGAACGAUUCAUCUAGUCCUCAGCAAAGAAGAGGGUCUCCUGUCCCGUCCGAGGAAAGGCGGCGCAAGGAGAGGCAGCAUCUUGACGACAUCACCGCAGCUCGGCUUCUACCCCUUCACCACAUGCCUGCACAGCUGCUCUCCAUGGAGGAAUCUCUGGCGCUUCAGGAGCAGCAGAAACAGAGUUAUGAGGAGAUGCAAGCCAGGCUCGCAGCACAAAAACUAGCUGAAAAACUGAAUAUUAAAAUGCAGAGCUAUAAUCCAGAAGGGGAUACUUCGAGGAAAUACCGAGAAGUAAGGGAUGAAGAAGACAAUCAGUCCUCUGAUGGUGAAUUCUGAAGAUGGAUGUUGGGAUACUCUUCUAACUCUCUGCCUGUUGAGAUGUCAUUUUCUUACAUCAGACUUUCUAACAAGUAUCAAGAUCAGUGUCAGACGUUGAGGGAAUGAAUUUUAUAAAGUUACACAGCAGUAGCUAUAAAAAUAGUUUGUCUUUUAGAAGAUAACUUUCAUGUACUGGAAAAGUUUAAUAUUUGAAUAUUGUGUUUAACCACAUUGUAUUAAAGUUUUGCAGUAUGUUGUGUGUUGUCUGAUAUUUUAGUAUAUAGUAGAGCACAUUUUUUUUUCUCUAAGUCAAAUGAAAGCAGGUAACUGCAUUUUCCUCUUCUUUUACCUCUAUCAAAUUGCAUUUAUUACAUGCCUUUCAGUGAAAUACUUAAUUGUGCCAUGCCUCACCUAAAAUGAGUUAGGAAGAUACAGUUCCCUCUUUUGAGUGAUGAAGGAGCAGUCCAAAGAAUUUUAUGCAUGGGGUUAAUGAGGGAUGCGAAAUGCCUAGGAAGGCACGCAUAUAAAUGCUUAAAUACGUGUUUUCUUCUGUCAUCCCUUGGAAGAAUGUGACCUUUCUUCUGACUAUGAAUAAGCAGUACAGUUGACCCUUGAACAAUGCGGGGGUUAGGGGUACAAACCUGCUCAGUCAAAAAAUGGGUGUAAACCAUGUAUUUCAGUCAGUGCUAGAGAGUGGAUGGUCUCUAAAUGACCAGCUUUGCCCAGAGUAACAUGAGGUACAGGAAAAUCUAAGAUGACUGAUGAAGGGGAAGGGAGUAGCUAUUCUUAUGCUUGACCUGACUUGAGUUCAUUGCUCUUAACAGAUGAUCAGUUCAUUUAGGUAAGAAAACCAGUUUUUUUGCUUUUAAACUACAACUGAAGUAUUGUCAACACAUCAUUUUAUUUUCCUCCCAAAGAAGCAUCCUUACAUGGACUGCAGAAACCUCAAUCUAUAUAUACAUGUUUAUAGGAUAUGAUUGUCUCCAGAGAAAUUAACACUUAUGUUAUCAAAGAUUUCUUUAAUAUGUUGGAGCCUUUAAACAGUGUUGAAAGCAAGAAUAAAAUAUUAAUCAG